UAGAGACGUAGAUUUCAGGUUAACAGAUUUUCUCAGGUUAGUUUUAAGUUCCAGUGAGUUUGUUUUGUAAUUAUUAUUUCAAAUUUAAAUUUAUCUAUGACGCUCUGGAUAUUCCAUAAUGCCGACUGCAGGCCAAGGAAUAAUAGAUCUGCUUUCCAAAUUGGACGAAGACUCGGUAUUUGCUUUAUCAAGGACAGUUACCCAGGGUUUAAAGCGAUGCAACACUAUUAAAGAGGCAAUUGACACAAUAAUAAAAUACUCGGCCGAUGAAAUAAGCAUUUUGAGGCGCAAAGUUAUAACUAGAGAGAUUUUAUUUAACUACUUAGAAGCUAACAACAUUAGAGUACGAAUGCCAGUAACGAAAAAUGAUUUAAUUGAUGCUGUGGUAGACGCUUGGGGGUUGACACACAAAACUUCCCAAAGUAGCAUUUUGAGCUCGAAUUCAGAUUCUAAUGCUGUAGCAUUGAAUGAAAGAAGUGAGAAGCCGGAGAGCAAUGUAAAUGUAAUGGCUGAGCAGUUUUCCAGAUGGUUCUAUUCAAUGCUUAAUGGCGAUGAAUGUGGAAUUGAACAUUUUUUUCCAGAUGCAAGCUUCAGUCUAAAUAUGUACACGAAUAACCAUUGUGACUCCACACGAAUUGAAGGCGAUGCCACGAAAAUAGCCAACAGUUUAUUAAAACUUAAGUCGCAGAAUAAUCUCCAUUUUAAUCCCAAUGACUCGCAGGACGGAAUUCAAGGGAGGAUAGAUCCACACGGUCUAGUGAUGGUGCUGACCUGUGGAACAGUUCACUCUCAAAACACUUGUGCGGGUGUAUUUGAACAAGUGUUUGCUUUAGCUCGGGAUCCAUUCUGUGACAAUAAUUGGAAAAUCAAAACGACUUCCCUCAAUUUAAGGUCGAAAAGUGAUGUGCUAGAACUACCGAAAUUGUGUGAUAGUGAUCUGACUAGUGAUCUGUUAAUGUUGCCAUUGGAGUGAGAACUGAUUUGUUAUUUUUAAUAAUAGUUGAACUAUAAUCAAUAUUGUUUUCUUGAGUAAUAUUGAUUAUUUUGUAUAUGUUGAUUUCCAUAGCGAAUUUUCCCUAAUAAGAAAAAUACAUUAAUGCUCCUUUGGCUCCCAUUUGGACGACCCUCUAGAAGAAUUCUCAAUUGUUAUGUUUAGAUGCUUUAAAAAUUAAAAAAAAAGGCAUUUGCUUGAAGCUAAAACUCUGAAGUGCUCAAAACUGCUAUUAACAUCUAUCGGAAUUUACUAAGUUUGUGGAAAAAAAUCAAACCACAGCGUUUAGCGCGUUUAUAUUACUGUAAAUACUAAUUUAUAAAAUAUUGGACUUCUAACUGUCUCUUAGUAGUUGAAAAAUGCUGGGGUUUAAGGCAAUUAAAACGCGAAUUUUGUCUCGAAUACCUACAAAAGUCUAUACAUUUCGCAACUAUUAUUUCCUAAAAAAUAAAUCAAAGGAAAGGUUUCGGUUAAAUUAUAUUUCUUUUAUAUUAAAAGAAACAGAAAAAUGCUCUUUGGGAUGAGAUUUGAAAAACAUUCAAUUUCUAUAAGAUGAAAAUGCCGAUAAUAACUAAAUAACACUGAAUCGGUUAUUUGGAAAAAAUAAAUUUAUACGAAUUAAAUGCUUUCUUUCUUUCGAAAACUGUUUGUUAGGAUUUUUUUAGUUUUUUUCGGUACCUACUAAAAUUAAUAUUUUAAUUGUUAUUCGGUUAAUGUGUAAUUUUGAUAAUUUUUAUAAUUUUCUGACACAUUAAAGUAUUUUAUUAUAGAACUAAAUUUUAGAAGACAAAAAUGUUUCCUUAUCGAAUAAUGCUCCAGAAGAAAAAUCGAAGCGAACUUAAUAAAUCAAUUGACUGCGUCUGACCAGAAAAUUAAAAUCGUAAUUAAUCUAAUUUUCUUUAUGGGAGUUUGCUUAUUAAAACUGAAACUGAAACUCAUCCGUUCUAGUCAGUUUUUAUUUAGUUACAAUUAUUGUUGUAACUUGUUCUUUUUACAUAAAAUUUCAGUAUUUCCUGUUUUACAACACGCCACUAACUAUAAAAAAUUGUUAACGUAAAUAAACAUUUUAAAAAGUUUA